CUCUUCUUCAUAUCCAACGGUGGGAUUGUUGUUUUGACCUCUCGAUGUCGGUAAAAUUGCCUCUGUUUACUGCUGCAAUUUUAUUGGGGAUUUCUCACUUUUGAGUGAAGAUUAUUGUUGUUUGGUGUUCCAAGUUGUUGCUUGAUGAUUGUGUAUACCUCUAAUUGAUUUAUAGAGGAUUCUUGGUGUACCCACUGAUUUUCUUGGUGAUUAGUGGAAGGCUUCGUGGUUUUUUCCCCGAUUUGGGGUUUCCACGUUAAAUCUUGGUGUUCGUUUAUCGUUUGAUUGAUUGCUUGUUGACGUGUUUACUAUUCGUGAUCGGUCAUAUGAUUUUUGCCCAUUUUGACAACACAAAGACGAUAAAAUUAUUAAUUGCUUCCGCUAGAAAAUUGAGGUGAUUUUCCCAACAAUUGGUAUCAGAGCUUGAGUUGUACUUUUGGGUGAUUUUCUUGUGUUGUUAAAAUGGAGGAUAAAGCUGUUUUUGGGGGAAUGAUUAAAUUGAACUCCUCCAAUUAUCAAAGUUGGAAACCUAGGAUGGAAGAUAUUUUAUAUAUUAAGGAUUUGCAUGAACCGAUAUUGAAUAAGGAGAUGCCAAACGGUAAACAAGAAAGUACUUGGAAAUUGCUUAAUCGGAAAACUGUGGGAAUGAUUAGGCAAUUUAUUGAUGAUAGUGUGUUUCAGCAUGUUGCUAUUGAUACCAACGUCUAUAAACUGUGGGAGAAACUCAAAUGCAUGUAUGAGAGAGAAAAUGCCUUGAAUAAAGCCUCUAUUAUGAGAAGACUUGUGAAACUUGAUUACAGGGAUGGGCAUAGUGUGGUAGAGCAUUUGAAUGAUUUUCAGGGAUUGAUUAGCCAGUUGUCUUCUAUGAAAUUGGUUUUAGAUGAUGAAUUGCACGCAUUGUUGCUCCUCAGCUCGUUGCCAGAAAGCUGGGAGACCUUGGUUGUAUCACUUAGCAAUUCUGCUCCAGAGGGUAAGCUCACAAUGGAUGUUGUGAAGUCGAGUUUGCUGAACGAAGAAGCUAGGAGAAGAGAUAUGAGUUCCUCCAGCUAUUCAGAUCAGGCUCAUGUUGCUGAGGUAGAGAGUCGUGGAAGACACAGACAUAGAGACUUUGAAUCCAGGGGGAGAUCUAAAUCAAGAAGCGAAGUGAAAUGCUUCUAUUGUGAUAAACCGGGUCAUAAGAUAUCUCAGUGCAGGAAGAUGAAGAGAGAUAAAGCCCGGCAGAAAGAGGAAAAGGGUCAGACUUCUGAGAAGAAAGAGGAGAAAGACACAGCAUCCCUUGCAGAUGCGGAUGAUUUAUUCUUCGUGUGUGAUGACACUAACUUUGAUGUUGCUUUUCAGGAUUGCACUUGGAUUAUUGAUUCAGGUGCCUCAUGUCAUCUCACACCUCAUCGGGAGUUCUUCUCAUCUUACACUGGCGGUGAUUUUGGCUAUGUAAAGAUGGGAAAGGGUGACAAAUCAUCUAAGAUUGUUGGGAUGGGCACUGUUUGUUUGAAGACCAACACUGGUUGCAGGUUGACCCUCAGAGAUGUCAGACAUGUUCCAGAGUUUCGGUUCAACCUCAUUUCAGCUGGAGGACUUGACGGAGAUGGCUAUGUUAGCCGCCUUGGUGAAGGAAAGUGGAAGCUCACCAAAGGUUUUUUGAUCGUGGCCCGAGGUAAGAAAGAGAACAGGCUUUACGUGAUGCAAGCAAAGAUGUGUAGAGGAGAUCAGAACACUGCGCCCUCCACGGAUUUAUCGCACAAGAGGCUUGAUCACAUGAUUGAGAGUUGUCAGAGUAUCCUCCCUGAAGACGACAUUCCUUUUCCUACCAUUCAAUCAGAUCAUGGGGGAGAAGAUGGAGAGCAAUGUUGUGGUGAUGAUGUUGCUCGUGAUAGUGAUGUACUUGAGCCACCUCAUAUUGAGCAUGGAGUUCCGCCACAGAGGGAUCCUCAAAUGGAAAAAUUUGAGAGAGUUUGCUACCGGGAAGAAGUGAUGAAGGUGCACCCAUGGUUUCAAGCCAAGCGAGAUGGAGUUAUAUCCUUGCUUGAUGGACGUGGUCAUCCCCUGGUAAAGUUGCAUGGAAGCAAGCGAGCACCCAAGAGAAAUCGGGUGUUCAAGUUGAAGAGAAGAGAGUGAUGCUCACAACCUACGGAUUUGGCGCAGUUGGUUGUGAAAGGAAAGAACAAGGCAGAAAACAGAGAAGAAAAGAAAGUAAAACCGAGAGAAGGAAGAAGAGAGAAAAAGAGAGGUGCAGCCUGGUUUUGUGCUCCGAUCGACGACCAAACGAGCUCCGAUCGGGAUGAAAUUUUAGUAUGUUGUUCCUGAGAUCCUCUUCUUCAUAUCCAACGGUGGGAUUGUUGUUUUGACCUCUCGAUGUCGGUAAAAUUGCCUCUGUUUACUGCUGCAAUUUUAUUGGGGAUUUCUCACUUUUGAGUGAAGAUUAUUGUUGUUUGGUGUUCCAAGUUGUUGCUUGAUGAUUGUGUAUACCUCUAAUUGAUUUAGAGAGGAUUCUUGGUGUACCCACUGAUUUUCUUGGUGAUUAGUGGAAGGCUUCGUGGUUUUUUCCCCGAUUUGGGGUUUCCACGUUAAAUCUUGGUGUUCGUUUAUUGUUUGAUUGAUUACUUGUUGACGUGUUUACUAUUCAUGA